CUUUUCUGCGGCGAGGAAUCCGGGGCAAAGCGCUUGGCCGCGGCCGUUAUUCUCCUCCGUGCCUAGAGCUCGCCCUCUUUCGCCGCCAAGAUGCCGCGGAUUAUGAUUAAAGGGGGCGUGUGGCGGAACACAGAAGAUGAAAUUCUUAAAGCGGCUGUGAUGAAAUAUGGCAAAAACCAGUGGUCUCGUAUUGCUUCCCUGUUGCACAGAAAAUCAGCCAAGCAGUGCAAAGCCAGAUGGUACGAGUGGCUCGACCCCAGUAUAAAGAAGACAGAAUGGUCUCGGGAAGAAGAAGAGAAGUUGUUGCAUUUGGCCAAACUGAUGCCAACCCAGUGGAGGACCAUUGCACCCAUCAUUGGAAGAACAGCUGCCCAGUGCCUGGAACAUUAUGAAUUUCUUCUAGAUAAAGCUGCUCAGAGAGACAAUGAAGAAGAAACUGCUGACGAUCCUCGGAAACUUAAACCUGGAGAAAUUGACCCAAACCCAGAAACCAAGCCAGCCAGGCCAGAUCCUAUUGAUAUGGAUGAGGAUGAACUUGAGAUGCUUUCUGAAGCUAGAGCUCGUUUGGCUAACACUCAGGGAAAGAAAGCCAAAAGGAAAGCAAGGGAGAAGCAAUUAGAAGAAGCUAGGCGACUUGCCGCCCUCCAGAAGAGGAGGGAACUUCGAGCUGCGGGGAUUGAGAUCCAGAAGAAAAGAAAAAAGAAAAGAGGAGUUGAUUAUAAUGCCGAGAUCCCAUUUGAAAAGAAGCCUGCUCUAGGCUUUUACGACACGUCAGAAGAAAACUACCAGGCACUGGAUGCAGACUUCAGAAAGUUACGGCAACAAGACUUAGACGGGGAACUGAGAUCGGAAAAGGAAGGAAGAGAGCGAAAGAAAGACAAGCAGCAGCUGAAACGGAAAAAAGAAUCUGAUUUGCCAUCAGCGAUACUUCAGACUAGUGGGGUGUCAGAGUUCACCAAAAAAAGAAGCAAGCUGGUGCUUCCAGCUCCUCAGAUUUCAGAUACAGAACUUGAGGAAGUGGUGAAAGUCGGGCAGGCGAGUGAGAUCGCCCGUCAGACAGCGGAAGAGUCUGGGCUGAUGAACUCCGCUUCCAGCACGCUCUUGUCCGAGUACAAUGUUACCAACAACAGCAUUGCCCUCCGAACGCCCAAAACGCCAGCAGCUCAAGAUCGGAUCCUGCAGGAAGCCCAGAACUUGAUGGCUCUUACGAAUGUUGACACACCGUUGAAAGGUGGCCUUAAUACCCCCCUGCAUGAGAGUGAUUUCUCUGGCGUAACACCUCAGAGACAAGUUGUUCAGACUCCCAACACUGUUCUUUCCACACCUUUCAGAACUCCGUCUCACGGACCCGAAGGACUGACUCCUCAUGGUGGAAUGACUCCAAAGCCAGUAGUGGGAGUGACUCCUGGUAGGACUCCACUGCGUGAUAAAUUAAGUAUUAAUCCGGAAGAGGGAAUGGCAGAUUACAGUGACCCAUCAUACACGAAGCAUAUGGAGAGGGAAUCCCGUGAAAAUCUGCGGCUAGGGCUUAUGGGCCUUCCUGCUCCAAAGAAUGACUUUGAAAUUGUCCUGCCGGAAAAUGCAGAGAAGGAACUCGAAGAUCACAGUGCUGAUGAUGCCUACAUAGAAGAUGCGGCGGAUUUGGAUGCUCGCAAGCAGGCUAUUCGAGAAGCAGAGCGCAUAAAGGCACUCAAGCGGAUGCACAAAGCGGUCCAGAAAGAUCUGCCCAGACCCUCUGAAGUAAAUGAAACAAUUCUGAGACCUUUAAACGUAGAGCCACCUCUGACGGAUUUACAGAAGAGCGAAGAGCUGAUUAAGAAAGAGAUGACCACCAUGCUUCAUUAUGACCUCGUGCAUCACCCGUACGGGGAGCUGCCAGGGGGCAAAAAGGGGAAAGGCCCAGGAUUUGGAACCAAUAACACAGAGCACAUCGUUUACCUCGAACACAAUCCUUACGAGAAGUUCCCCAAGGAAGAGCUCAAGAAGGCUGAAGAACUCUUAGCACAAGAAAUGGAGGUGGUGAAGCAAGGGAUGGGCCACGGAGAGCUCUCAAGUGAAGCUUAUAACCAGGUUUGGGAAGAAUGCUACAGCCAGGUGUUAUACCUCCCUGGGCAGAACCGCUACACACGAGCGAACUUGGCCAGUAAAAAAGACAGAAUUGAGUCCCUGGAAAAGAGACUUGAGAUAAACAGAGGUCACAUGACGACAGAAGCUAAGAGGGCUGCCAAAAUGGAAAAGAAGCUGAAGAUUUUGCUUGGCGGCUAUCAGUCUCGUGCCAUGGGGCUCAUCAAGCAGUUGAAUGACUUGUGGGACCAAAUCGAGCAAGCUCACCUGGAGCUACGCACGUUUGAGGAAUUAAAGAAACAUGAAGAUGCUGCUAUCCCAAGGAGACUGGAGUGCCUGAAGGAAGAUGUUCAGCGGCAACAGGAAAGGGAGAAGGAGCUUCAGCAGAGAUUUUCAGAAUUCAUGCUGGACAAGGAAACGUUUCAGUCAAAAUAUUAAGCUGCACAUUGUGCUUCAGCCGUUGGUUGUGAUGCUUCUGAAAUUCCAUAGAUACAUUUUUCCAUCUGUAUCUCAACAAGUUCAAGCAAAUAUAUUGCAUAUUGUGUUUUUUAAAAGACUGUAAUUGUACCAUGUGUUAAGGUCAUGAACCUUCUUUGUUUGGAAUGGGAGAGCUGAAUUUAAAAUGAGGGGGAAAUGACAUUCACAUCCGGAUUCAGUGAGGACAGCUUGCAUGCCCUAAAAGCUCUUGUGCAAGAAGCAGCCAGAACUGCACGUGCAGAGAUCCUUGCUGGAUCAGGCAUACCUUUGUGCCAUUAAUGCACGGGUCCCAAACCGGUGGAAGCUAAUUAUGCCGAAGUCCCAUUGCAAGCAGGGGACAAGCUGAUUGUGACUAACUUGUAAAUGUUGUUACUUUUGGAGACUAGAGCAAGUCUAUUUUAUUUUUUGUAUGGAGGGCUGUGCGGUAUGAAGUCAACUCUGACAGCACUAAAGGGCGAGUGGGAAGGAAAUGGAUCUAAGCUCUGCCCUCUUGUAUCCUUCCCAGUCUGAGAUCUAACAGUGCCAGUGAUUUCUUUGGCAGAUACACAAAGGAGGACCUUUGAUUCAGCAUGCACACAGUUGGCUGCUGCGCACAAGGAUCUGUAGAUCAUGGUCCCAGCAUUUUCAUAUUAAAUCACUCUGGAUCAUAUUUUUAGUCAUAUUUGCUAAAAUUACCAUUUCCUUGGGUUCCUAGCAUUUUAUCAUUAAGAUCAACAAAAAGUAUACACAUAUUGUGUGUGUGUGUAUGUUUGUGUGUGUACGUACAUACGUACCAGUGAGUACUGUGUCUCUAAUAAAUCUGGGAUUUAAAAAAAGA